AAAAGAACUUGAUAUGAAUUUCUUAUUUUCAAUUUGACAUUUGUUUUCUUUAUUGUUUUUUGAAAGAAUAUACAAUAUUUAUUUAAAAAAUACAUUGUACAUAACUAGAAUCUUAGUUGUAAAUUAUUUUUCUAUCGUGAGGCGGCGAGGCGGGUUACCAACCUCAGCAAUCCUGGUGUCAGGGUUAUUACUGAGCUACUAAAGGCCACUGACAUGACUCAUGUAUCGUCAGGUUAGUGUACUUAGGUCACAAUGAAAAAAGGUCUCACGUAAAAUGAGUGCAUUUUGGUCACAACUGAAUAAUAAUUUAUUGAACCAUAUUAAAUAGUGAAAUUUAAUCAUAAGCCUAUUUGGUUAUUAUUUUAAAGUGCAAAUUGGUCACUAAUAUAAUUAUAAUUAGUUUAAUUAACUGUUAAGUACUAAUAUAAAACUAGUUCUAGUUUAACUAUUGUCGACUCUAAUCUAUUUUUUAUGUUUUAGUUGUUAAUUAUGUAAGAUAAAAUAUAUGUGGUUAUUUAUUCCCUUAUUAUAUUGUUACUUGUUAUAAUAGACUAUAUAUACAAUGUUUUUUUUAUAUAUGUAUAAAAAAACAUUGAAUGACAAAACCCUGUGAUUUUGCAUGUAGGUCUUUAUUUUAAUCUUUGUUUUAUUCUUGCAUCAGUGAAAAGAAACCGGGACCAGUCCCUUAACGUGCUUUCGAAACAUAGAGCAUCAUAAUAUCGGACAAUCGGGUGAUCAGCCAUGUCCUAACCAAACUAGGGAUCACAAAGUCAUUUUUGUGGUAUGUGCCCACCGCCAUUUGGACCAAGGUCCUCCGGAUCGUGAGCCCGAUGCUCAACCAUUGCACCACAGAUGCCUUAAGAAACUAAAAUAUUGAAAAGCUAAGCUUUUAUUUUAAAAUUCUACUUUGGUGAUGUCAUAUUAAACUUAUUCUGCACUAUGUGAGUGAAGUGUUGCCAGAUGAUAAAAAACAAUUUAAGCAAUUCAAUUGAUAAAAACGUGAUAAAUUAUCAUGGACACUUAAUAUAAACAAUAAUAUAGGUAAGUAGUAAUUAUGAGAAGUGUUACAUAAUCAAGAAGAAUUUCAACCUCAGAGAAUCAUUGAAUUAAUUUGCAUGGGGUAAUAAAACCUUUACUUUUAUGCUCCAAGAAGACUAUGGAGUAAAAAUUGUACCCACGCGAUCCGAUCCUUGACCAACUUCGUUGUUGAUCAUUGGAAUUUCCUUAAAUGUAUAAAUAAUGUUUGUUUAUACGUAAUGUAUGAUAGAUAACAUUCCAUAUAUAAUUAUAAAACCAUUAUGAGUUCUGUAUCAUUGUUAGUUGUAUGCUCAUAAAGCAAUCAUGCAGUCUCUUUUGCAAUAUUUUUUGUUAGUAUUUAUUUUUCCUUUAUUUGAAGCUGGAAGGUUUCGAUGUGACUAUACGUACUUCGCCCAUGGAACUGGCUGGUACAAGCUGCAUACUGACAUGAAAACCUGGAGCGAGGCUCGUCACACGUGCAAUGGAGAAGGAGCGCACUUGGCGAAUCCAAUAAACCAAGGAAUAACGGAUACUAUGUUGUCUCUGAUAAGUGGUGACAGAAACCUCGUGGGAAUCCACAUCGGUGAUCAAACUACAGAAACUACAGAAAAGUUCGCUCAGGAGGAAGAGACGUACGUAUUGUUUCGAAACGGCACAUAUCGUGAAGUAAGCUCACAAGAUUUAUAUCCAUUUAUCUGUCACAAACUGGCAGGCGCAUCAGUGGACCUGAACGAAUGUGACACCACGGAUAGCCAAUACGCUUUGGACAAUCGUACUAGCAAGUGCUACAAGUUCCACAAGUUUUAUCGGGACUUUUACCAGGCCACGCAGACAUGCCAUCAAGAAGGGAGUCACCUGGUCAUCAUCAACAGUGAGAUGGAGGCGCAGGUCAUCCGAGACCUGUUCUCCAGGAACCCUGCCGACACCAUUCCAGGACAGAAAGACUUCAGAGGCGUUGCUUUUGUGGGCAUUGUGUACAAUAACGGGCAAUGGACUACGACAGACGGUCAACCUCUCUCUGAAGCUGGUUACAGCGAGUUUUCACCAGGAGAGCCGAACAACGCAGCAGGCGAUGAGUACUGCGCGUCUGUCAACCGAAGAGGAAAGCUGUUAGACGAACCUUGUCGACGUGCACUACCCUACAUAUGUGAGAAAGAUCCAGAUGUAUGCUACAAUCAGACACCUAGGGUUAAGCCUUUAAGCUAAUGCGUUUUAUGUUAAACCGAAAAGAACAAGAAAAUAAUGAUGUGUUGUAGUUAUUAAGACUGUUUCAGUGCAUUUAUAGUUGUAUAUUCAAUCUGUUUUGAGCGUUGAAUAAAUUAUUUAAGUACUUAAGUA